GGAGAGAGUCAACUGUGUCUCUUGAAUUUUUAAUUAUUCCCUGACGGUAACUUUCGCCGAGUGAAUGACUGUGGAGUUUUUGGGCAUAAUUUGCACAAGGAGGAACAAUUUUUAGCGCAUUUUCCUGUGUUUUUGUGCCCCAGUAGAAUUGACAGCGGACGGAAAUGAGUUCAAAGGCCACCAAAAAUGCCCCGGAAGGCAAGAAAUCCAAGGAACUGUCACCAAUUGCCAAGAUGUACCUGAUUCUCUACAAUGCUGGUCAGGUUCUGGGAUGGGGUUAUAUGCUGUAUCAGUUGGUGGCUUAUUACACGAUUGACAGUGGUUCGGGAAAGAGUUUGUGGAACUAUCUUUCCCUCACGGUUAUUGUCUUCCAGAAUGCUGCAUUGCUGGAGAUUGUCCAUGCGGCUAUUGGAAUUGUUCCCAGUAAUGUCAUCAUCACCACCUUUCAAGUUCUCUCCAGGGUGAUGGUUGUCUGUGGAGUGGUGAUGGCUACUCCCACUGGGAAGGAGUCUCCGGGUCUGCCACUGGCCUUGCUGGCAUGGUCAGUGACAGAGAUCAUCCGCUAUGGCUAUUAUGCCUUGAAUCUCGUGAAGAAUGUACCGAAGAUUGUCACCUGGCUCCGAUACACUACCUUCAUCGCUCUCUAUCCCAUUGGUGUCACUGGGGAACUGCUCUGCUUCUACUGGGCACAGGACUAUGCCCGGAGCCAUGGAGUUUGGUCUGUGGAGAUGCCAAAUGGCUGGAAUGGAACAUUCUCCUAUUUCUAUUUCCUCUGGUUCGUCAUGCUCCUCUACAUUCCUCUCUUCCCUCAAAUGUACCUGCAUAUGUUUGCCCAGAGACGAAAGAUCCUUGGCGGAGGAGACAAGAGCAAGAAGCACUGAAUCAAGAUUCAGAAUUAUUUCCGGGUGAGGGGUGGUUUUCAAGAUGAAAACAAAAAAUAGAACUUUUUUUGUGGAUAAAA